GGCUGGUCUACUGAAGAUAAAUAUUUUCAAUUUGUGUUUGUUAUGUAAGGUCUUUAUUUCACCUUCAUUCAUAAAUGAAAGCUUUACAGGGUACAGUAUUCUGGAUUGACAUUUUUUUUCUUUUAGGACUUGGAGUACAUUUCUCCAUUCUCUCCUAGCCUGUAGGGUUUCUGAUAAGAAAUCAGCCAUCCAUCUAAUCGGAGAUCCUCUAAAGUGCCUUUGGAAAGAAGAAUCUUUCUUUGGGAAAGGUGGCACCAGAGGAUGUCAGGAUCACACCCUGGAGUAAAACCAUCCCUAGAGAAGAUGAGGAGGGAGCUGAAGGCAGAUGCCUGCUUGUACUCCACAGUGAGGAUUGUGAACUGGGACCCUGAGGGGUCCAUGAAAGAGGUUUCCAGCAAGAGUGAGAAAUACAGCCCACAAAGAGAGAAUAUUGGUCCUGAGAAAGCUCUCAAGCACCUGCAGGGCUUCCGUUUUGAUGAAGUACCUGGAGCAUUCGAGGCUGCCAGCCGUUUUCAGGAACUAUGUCAUCAGUGGCUGCAGCCAGAGAUCCACUCGAAAGAGCAGAUCAUGGAACUGCUGGUGCUAGAGCGGUUUCUGACCAAUCUGCCUCAGAAGACUCAGGAUUGGCUGCAGAAGCAUCAUCUUCAGAACCUCAAGCAGGCUGUGACCCUGGCACAGUACUUCCACAGGGAACCUGCUGAAACAAAGAAUGAGAGUUUGUUGACAUUUGAAGAUGUGGCCAUGUAUUUUUCUGAUGAAGAAUGGCAAUUACUGGACCCAUCUCAGAAGACCCUCUACAGAGAUGUCAUGGGAGAUGUCUAUGAGGAUGCUGCCUAUCUAGGGUUAAAGCUCAAAAAUGAUAUUGGAAAUGAUCAUGCUGUAUCUGUUCCUGCAUCAGAAAUGCAAGCACCAGGAUGCAAAGUAUCAAAAAAGACCAAAAGAGGAGCUUCCCAGAAAGCAACAGGCCUAGAACUUCACAGAGUCCAGAAGGAUCAUCCAGCCUAUCCAGAGGAGGGAAAUAUAUCUGUAACUCUUAAACAGGCAUGGGUGAAAUAUAUGAAGCAUCACAGGGCAGACCACACAGAAGAGAAAUCUUUUAAGUGUCAGAAGUGUGAGAAAAGCUUCAAAUUUAGAUCUGAACUUAUUAGGCACCAGAGAAUUCAUACUUAAGAGAAGCCCUAUAAAUGGUCGGCAGUGUGAUAGGUUUAGAUUGCAUUCAGAUGUUAAACACCUCAUAUCACACCAAGGAAUAAAGCCAUAUAAAUGCUCAUGGUUUAGGAAAGACUUCAUUCAUACAGCAAAUCUACACACACAUCAAAUAAUUCAUACAGGGGAGAAGCCCUUUAAAUGUGAUGAGUGUGGAACACAACUCAUUCAGAAUUCACACCUUAUUAAAUACCAGAAAACCCACAUAGAUGACUAGCUCUCUUAUCUAUAACUAUAGGAUUCUAUGCAAUUACUUGAUUACCCAGAGUUUCCCCGUCCUCAGUGAUCUAAAUUCUGUAGUUAUAAGGAGGGAUUUGGCAAAUAAUAUCAUGGCCACAAGUCCUACUGUCAUUCUUUGUUCUGUCUCAGGACAGAUGAAGUACAAGAAUAUUCAGCUCCUCUGAAGGGCUCUCAUGGAGAAUGACUUAAUUAGGAAGAGCUUCAAUGGCUAUCCUUCUGUCUCAAUGAAAAAACAAGCCUGUGGCUCAGGACACCUUACACUGGAACAGAAAGAGUACAUUAAUGUAUAUAUGUAUAUAUAUUAUACAUUAUAUUAUAUGUUAUAUAUUAUAUUAUACAUGUAUAUAUAUUAUAUAUACCUGAAUGUUCUUCAAGACAGUGUAGAGAUUUUACAGAACUGAUUUACUGAGAGUCAUAAGGAAAGCCCUGUGAUUUGUUAGCCUUGGUGCACAUCUGGUACCAGGAAGGAACUUCUAGAAGUUUUAGAGCAGAAUAAGGAAUGCUGCUUCAAGUAAUAGUCCCAGUGAGAGCCAGGUCAGAUAGAGACUGUUUUCUGACGUUGGUUUCCCUCCAUUCACCAUUGCUCUAAGUUAUUAUCUCCAAAGCAAAGGCAAUGCAAUGUCAAUGAAAAUUGGAAGACAUGGAUUUAUAUCUAUGUCACACCCUGGUUUAUGAGGUCAGCCAAAGCUACUGUUUCAUAUUUCAUAAAAUUUCAAUUAUUUAAUAAAAAUGAUAUGUGUUAUAUUAAAUGUAAACAUUAAAUAAAUUGUCUUUGAUAUCAAAUCACCCAGAAAUGGUCAAUGUUUACUUUUUUGGAAUAGAUGUUUUCAGAUUUUUUUCUACCAAGAGACGUUUCUGAAGCUGUUUUUAUAUUUGUAGAAUAGGGACAGUAAUACGCAGCCCUCAAGGUUACUCUGAGGAUGAACUGAAACUUGUGUGAGCCUGCCAAGCUCAGGGAUUGACCAUGUAUGUCCCACAAACUUUUGUAACCUUCAUUUAUC